AUGUCUGUUGGUGUGUGUCUCGAUGGUAUCAGCUCCAAAUCCCUAACCUGCGCGCGUCUGUCAAACAUCCCUCGCUACCCAGCAGCAGGGUCCAUCCGGAAAGAGGCACCCACACUGUAUUUUUGAGGACAACCGCAAAGGCAGAUAGAUUGCAACAAUUUUCCGGGUUCUGGUCCGCGAAUCGGUGUUUUUUUUUGUUGUUGUGUGGUGUGUGAGUAUGUGUCAUUUUGAUGGCAGAGGCAGCGAAGGAUUCGGAACCGAGUCGGCCUUUGGUCUGCAAUCAGCGUAAGCAGAUGGAGCAGGCCGUUGAAAACCGGAGGCUCGAUUUCUCGGUGGCAGCGGUGCUGCCUGCAGGUGGUUCCGGGGAGAGAAUGGGAACGGCGACUCCGAAGCAAUUCUGCGAAGUCCUGCAGAGGCCGCUUAUCAGUAUCACAUUGGAAACAUUCGAGAGAGUUCACUGGAUAAAAGACAUUGUCGUGGUGGUGUCAAAACAGAACUUUGAAUUGAUGAAUUUAAUUAUCGAGCGUUAUGGGCAUUCGAGAACAACAGUUGUUGAGGGUGCAUUCACACGUCACAAGUCCAUUUUCAAUGGGCUAAAAGCAUUUGUGGAAAAUCAACCUGGUAGAUCUUGGCUGCAGAAACCUGAGGUGGUGAUUAUCCAUGAUGCAGUGAGACCUUUUGUAGAGGAAAAUAUGUUGUUCCGCGUGGCCACAGCUGCGAAGAAAUAUGGGGCUGCAGGAGCUAUCAGACCACUUGUUUCCACUGUCGUUGCAACCGACCCAGAAAGCUACCUUGAUCAUUCAUUGGAACGUGCCAAAUAUAGGGCAAGUGAAAUGCCUCAAGCCUUCACAUUUGAUAUCAUUUACAGAGCUUAUCAAAAGUGUACAGAUUAUGAUUUUGAAUAUGGGACAGAAUGUCUCCAUUUAUCUCUGAAGUAUUGUAGCACCUCGGCAAAGCUCAUUGAUGGGCCGCCAGAUCUCUGGAAGGUAACUUACAAGCGAGACCUCUAUGCAGCUGAAUCGAUUAUCAAGGAAAGUCUUUCUAAGAGUGUCUGUAUCUUAACUGGAAUGCAAGAAGAACCAGACCGAUUGGGCUGUUUGCUUCAAGAGGCCUUACGAAAGCUGGUGGAGGUAGAUAUCCUGAACUGGUCAGAGAAUAAAGGGAGCCACUGUAUUCAGACCAUCUCCUCAGGCCUGCACUAUAAUUUUCUUUGCAUAAAUGUCAACAAUUUUGAAUUAUCUCAGGAAAUUGUGCAACUGGUGGAGUCGAUUGAAAGUACAAAGCUUUCAGCCUUGUAUCCUGUGGUUCUGACUGUGGUGCAUCUGAACGACUUGGAAAUAUCAUUUCCCUGUGUUCAAAUGGAAGAUUUCAUCAACUUCAAAGAACUGGCAAAGGAAGCAAAGAGAAAAAAUAUCUUCAUUUAUAGGCUGCUGUUGAAUCAUACCCAGCUAUCAACAGUUAGAAGUUGUUUGACUGGCAAGUCCCAAAUACAUGUGCAUACUUUCCAGCAGGGGCCACCAAAUGUGAUCAGGAGCAAGUCAGCUGAGGAUAUGGAUAAAAUUCAAGAAUCUGUGAAAGAGGCUGCCUCAAUCAUCGACUCGCUGAUAAAGCAGAGGAGUCCUGCCCUAACUGGACAGUUUCUUGUGGUCUGACUGCAGUCAGUAACUGGAUGUCUCCAGGCACAGAUGUUGUGAUGUUUGAAUGCUGGCUGAAUGAAUAUACUGCCCUUUAAUGAUGGCUGAGAAAAACUGCAAAUAUCUUAUCAUCAUGCUUUUGCUAGGGAACAUGAACUCAAAUUGAACAUGUCAACAUUUCCCUCAAAACUGAUACCCUGGAGUUACUAAGGUCAACCAGUGCUAAAUCUACUUUAACUGUUAUUGUCCAUUUUGUUCUUUCAGAAAGUUUCAUCAGUGAUUGGGAGAAUCAAUUGUGAUUCUACAGUCCCAAUUCCAGUACUGAAUUUUCUCAACCUUAUUACAAAAGAAAUACUGUUCCAUGUCAUCAGGGAAUGGCCUUCUGCCUACCAGCUAUUUAAAAUAACUUGGAAUACGGCCAAACUGUACCCUUAUAUUAAUGCAAUGCAAAAACCUGUGGAGAGCCUCAUUCAGGAGCUCUAUUAUUUUGAUUUGAAAUAUUACAUUUUGUUUGUAACUCGUCUGGUAACUAUUCCUUCACAUGAUUACAGUGAUGUAUUUUAAAAAUACUUACCGGGAACAUCAAGUUCUUCUUUUCUUUUAAAAUUGCUGUUCUCAUUAGAAAAAUAAAACCAGUUGACAAAUAAA